AUGAAAGCAGUUGUAUUUGAAGAUAAGUAUAAAGUAUCAGUAAUUGAUAAACCAAUUCCUGAAAUCAAUGACCCUAACGAAGUAGUAGUAAAAGUUAAAUAUCUGGGAUUAUGCGGAUCUGACUUACAUUACUAUAGAGGACAUAUCCCCCUGGAAAAGGGACAUACUAUGGGUCAUGAAUUUAUUGGAACGGUUAUUAAAAAGGGAAAUAUAGCAAAGUUUGAUAUUGGUGAUGAAGUUAUUUCAACAUUUACAAUUCAAUGCGGAGAAUGUUGGUAUUGUAUACAUGGAUAUUCUGGUAUUUGCGAUAAAACAAAUACUUUUGGUAAGAUUGCAUUAGAAGGUGCCCAAGCAGAAUACGUAAAAGUACCCUUUGCCAAUUAUACUUUGGUGAAAAAACCGUCAAAUGAUAUUGACGAUUCGGUCUACGUAUUAAUGUCAGACAUUUUCAUUACCGGAUACUUUGGAGUUGAUAAAAUUAAUAAAUUUAUCAAAUCAGAAAACUUAGAAAAGUCGCAAAUGUCAAUCUUACAAUUAGGUGCGGGUCCAGUUGGACUAUGUGCGGUUGCAAUUUUGAAAGAAAUGGGGUUUGGUAAUAUUGUUGUUGUUGAUAGUGUACCAGAAAGAUUGACGUUAGCUGAAAAAUAUGGUGCCACUACUGUUAUCAAUUUUGCAGAAAAUGCAAAUGCAUUAGGGGAUUACAUUGCUAAGCAAACCAAUAAUUUAGGAUUUGAUGCUGUAUUAGAAAUUGUAGGUGCUAAAUCUGCAUUGCAAACUGCAUUCCAACUGUGCAGACGUAAUGGGUUUAUAUCUUCAGUCGGGAUGGGUCAUGACGAUUUACCCUUUAAUGGUUUGGAUUGUUAUGCCAAAAGUAUAAACAUCUCUUUUGGUAGAUGUCAUGCCUGGUCCUUAUUUAAUGACGCUCUACAACUUUUUGAAAAAGUUAAAUUUAGUUUGGCAGAUUUAAUCGAAGUCAAACCAUCUAUUGAUGAGGCACCUGAUUACUAUCAUAAGUUUGAAAAGCAGUUGGUUGGUAAAGUAGUGUUUGAUUUAUCUAAAUAA